AUGGAAGAACUCAACAACCAGGGUUCAUCAUGGUGGUGGGAACUGUCGGGCAGCAACCAUGAUCACCUUACUCUUCCACUUGCCACCAUUUUAGCAAUGAUCUUUUCUAUUUUAUGGUGGAGAUGGAACUCUUCCGGCUCUUCAAGUACACCAUCAUUGCCACCAGGCCCCCUUUCCUUGUCGAUUGUAGGCUACCUUCCAUUUCUUCGUCGUGACUUACACAAAGAGUUCCAUAACAUGGCUCACAUUUACGGACCCAUUUUCAAGUUUCACUUGGGAAGCAAACUUCAUGUCGUCAUAAAUACACCUGACAUAGUAAAAGGUAGUGGUCCGUGA